AUGCCGGAUAACGCAUUGUCAGUGUUUCUCUCUCCUGACGGGGUAGAGAAUGUACCAUUUGAGAUCAAAACGCCACUUGCCAAGAUGACCUUAUCCGAUACAAAAGCCUUGGCUUUGAAGCUUGUUGACAGUCUCGUUCAUCUGAAAGACACGUCUGGUGAAUUCCGAGUACCGAUUCCCACUGGUGGCUUCAAAGUUGAUUCCAAAUCAUGGAAUAAUUGGGAGUGGACACAGGGCGUUGGAUUGUAUGGCAUGUGGAUGCUUUUCGAGAUCACUGGCGAUGAAUCAGUACUCGGGCAUAUCCAAGCUUGGUUCGAUCAGCAAUUUGCGAAAGGAACGCCGACGAAGAAUGUUAAUAGUAUGGCUCCUAUGUUGACUCUUGCUUAUUUGUAUGAGCGGACGGGGAAAUCUGAGUAUCGGGCCUAUUUGGACUCGUGGGCUGAGUAUAUCAUGGAUGGGAUUCCACGGACUGAGGAAAACGGAAUUCAGCACAUUACCUUCCGACAAGUCAACGAAGGUCAGCUAUGGGACGACACCUUGAUGAUGUGUGUCUUGCCUCUGGCCAAAAUUGGAGUGCUGCUCAAUCGACCCGCAUACGUCGAAGAAGCCAAGCGUCAGUUUCUUCUGCACAUCAAAUAUCUAGUGGACAACCGCACAGGGCUGUGGUAUCACGGCUGGACAUUCUUGGAAAGACACAAUUUCGCAGAGGCCUUGUGGGGAAGAGGCAACUCAUGGAUCACCAUCGCGAUCCCUGAGUUUUUACCCCUUCUCCAGCUUCCUCUUGGUGAUCAUUUUAGAGAAUAUCUCAUCUCGACUCUUGACCAGCAGGUUUCUGCGCUGAAGAAAUUCCAAAACGAGAAUGGACUGUGGCAUACCCUUAUCGAUGACCCUGCGUCAUACUUGGAGGUCUCUGCGUCGGCAGGCUUUGCAUUUGGAAUUUUGAAGGGUGUGAGACUAGGAUAUCUUUCCAAAGAGCACCGAUCGGUUGGUCUCAAGGGACUAGAGGCUGUUCUCAACAAUGUGAAUGAGAAAGGCUUGGUGCAGAAUGUAAGCUUUGGAACGCCAAUGGGGCCGACUAAGGACUUUUACAAGGCAAUCAAACUCACGGCCAUGCCUUAUGGGCAAGCAAUGACGCUUUUGUGCAUGGUGGAGUUGAUCAAGCGGUUUUUGUAA